AGCUAGGGAGGAGAGGAGCGGAGGCACAGCAUGAGAGGCGGGAGCCUGCUUGUCUUCCGUGUAGCCCCCCACUCAUCGCGCUGUCACCCUCAGGGCUAUCCCGCCCCUGGAUGACGUUCUGGGCCUGGGGUUUGGGUUCAUUCCUAGGUGCGUAGCCCCACCUCUUGGGUCUGGUUCCUCCCCUUGGUCCUAGGCCUGCUCUAGGUUCUGAGCCUGUCGCGGGGCCCUGGUAACUUACCGAGUUAGCACUUCCACUGACUCUCUAGGUGACUGGGAGCCAACCGCUUCCCGUACGGGCCUCGGUUUCUUCUAUCAACUGGGGCUCAUCACCUCUGCCGGUGAUGAUGGGGCAGCUGGACCCCAGCCUCUUCAGUUGUACCGAUGGGAAAACUGAGGAGCAGCUUAAUGAAGGCCCUGGAGCCCAAGGUCCCAAACUGAGCUCUUGACGAAUUUGCCUCCUAGCAGAGGCCACACCCUCCACAUCUUUCUGCAAGCCUGUCUCAGACCCGGAAGCAGACCGGCUGCUGGGCUUCUGGGGGGACCAGUACCAGGAUCAUGGAAAGAGUGACAAUCCGGCUGGACUCUGGGGAGGGUGCACUAUUGGGGUCGCUACCGUCGAAGGCCGUACCGAGGCACCGGAGUUCUGAGCCUGCGCGAUCCGCUAGCCGGCAGACGAGCAGAAUCUACACAGCAACAGUUGGAGGAGGUACCAACCAAUAGGGGAGCGGGUCGGCUGGGCGGUGGCAGCCAAGUCACGUGGGUAGCACAGCUACCAAUCAGGAAGCAAGUUCUCAGGACUAGAUUUUAGCGCAUGAUGCGGAAGUCACGUGAAUGAAGGCACGGCCAAUAGGAAAGCGGUUGGGUCGGCGCUUCCGAGUUGUGCGGCGAAGGAGAGUUUGUAGUGGACAAAGAGGGAUUUAAAAAUGGACUUAUGUCACGUGUAUCAGAGACUCGGCCAAUGGAAAUGCUCAAAGACCCGGAAACAGAGAACGCACGAAGGGUAAGGGCGGAAGAGGCCGGCACGUGCGACCGUGUGCUGCCAAUGAAAGAAGAACUAGUCCCCUUUCUUCUUUCUAGCUCACGUGGGAAGCGGGGCUAUCCUAAGAGACCAAUGGAAGCGGGAGUAGGCCUGCACGCCAAGGCAUGCGGUAGGUGGGGCCUACCCCACCGGACCAAUGAGAGCAGGGAGCCCUGAGCUGUUGUUGGGCGGCGAGGCGGGCGUAUGGCGGACGCGGUGCUGUUUGAGUUUCUGCACACGGAGAUGGUGGCGGAGCUGUGGGCGCGGCGCCCAGAUCCCAGUCCUGGGGGACAGAAGACCAGCCUGUCGGUCCUGGAGGGCAUGGGCUUCCGUGUGGGCCAGGCUCUGGGCGAGAGGCUGCCCCAGGACACCUUGGCUUUCAGGGAGGAACUGGACGCCCUCAAGUUCCUGUGCAAGGACGUGUGGGUGGCCGUGUUCCAGAAGCAGAUGGACGGCCUCCGCACCAACCACCAGGGGACCUAUGUCCUACAGGACAAUGACUUCCCCCUCCUCGUCAGGAUGGCCUCGGGCCUGCAGUAUCUGGAGGAAGCACCCAAGUUCCUGGCCUUCACCUGCGGCCUCCUGCGUGGCACCCUCAACACCCUGGGCAUCAAGAGCCUGGUCACCGCCUCCGUGGCAGCCCUGCCCGCCUGUAAGUUCCAGGUGGUGAUCCAGAGAGCCUGAGGUGUCCCCACCCCAGCUCAGCCUCGCCGCUGCUCCCCCAAGUGGACCCUCAGGAGAGAGCAGAUACCUAGGGCCCAGGGGCCGGUGCCUUUGGGGGUAGUCACAGGCCUGGUGCUGGGUCCCUGGGGUGCUGCGCCAAAGCCCAAGGUGGGGGCAGAGUCACAGGGGCAUGGGGCAUCACUCAGGCAGGGGUCCGAGCCACAGGUGGGGCUGGUAGGGAGGGAUUGGGCUUGGGCCAGGCUGCUCAGCAGGUAGACGCACAAUAAAAACGGGGACCCAGAUUGAAAGUGGAAGUUGUGGAGGGGCUUAUUUCUGAAGCCGCUGUUGUGUCACAGGUCCGGUGGUGGGGGGAUGGGGAGCAGGGCUUCUGUGUUCCCUCCUCCCAGGCCCUCCCCUGGCCUGAACUCUGAGUCUGCCCCUCCCUCCUGCACACCUGGCAGGAGUGGGUGGCCCCCCGGCACCAGAAACCUUAAACCAGCGUUCCUGCCGCAUCAUCAAGGCUGGGGCCGCCCAGCCCAGUAGACACACAGGAUGGGGCCUCUCCCCAAGGAGCAGGGCCAAGGGUUCCUUGGGAGCAGGCUGGGGACAGCGCAACCACACACCUUCACGCCACCCCUGCACAUGCGUCUGGCAGGUACACGGCCCAGCUGGCUGCCUGCUGGCUGCCCACUGCCUGACGACGGGGGUAGUACUCGGAGCUGUAAACCAAGGCUGAGGGUGAGUCCCAAGUGGAACAAGGAAGGAUCUCCCUGCUUGAGACACCCCCAGCAGGGUCUCCUCAGCCUCCAUAGUGGAGUCCCAGCCCCCGGCCCACAGUGGGCCUCCAAGCCCAGAGAUCACUCUGCCUGCCCCGUUGCUUUUCACGUGCCCUGCUCUUGGGCCCACUCCUCAAACUCCCGUACAUCCAGCAGCAGCUCGGCCUUUGUGCCCAUGGCAACAACCACAGGCAGUUGGUGGUUAGUCACUUGCCCUCAGUACUCCCGAAGCCCUAAACAGCCUCCAUGGAGACACCCUGGUGCCCUCAGUGUGAACUUGUUUACAAGGGCUCGCCUCCUCCUGGUCCCUCCUCUUGGUGCCGGCACUUGGCACCCAGUUGGAUGCUUCCUGGGUGAAUCUCGGAUCCUCAGCGGGGGAGUGCACCGCAGGGAGUAGCCCGUGGUCCAGGGAUGGAGUCAUGAGCCAGGCACUGCCUCCCCCACUGGUCUAAAUGCCCUGAGGGGCCGGGGUUAUUCGUAGGGAGGAUGGGAGGAAGCCUUCCAGGAGAAGGGGCUAGAAGGAUGGGGGAAGGGGAGACAGGCCUGGUCCUGGGUGAGAACAGGGUGUGGGGGUUGUAACUCAGCUACGGGGCAGCAUUUGAUCACUCAGGCAGGCCACCAGAAAGGAUGUGCUGCAGGGCUCCAGGGGUCCUAGAAGAGGGUGUUCCUUUCUGUCCUGUCCCAAAUCCAUUUGUCCUGGCCCACCCCUGGGGAGACAGGGCUCUGGAGAGCAGGGGGCCUCCACAGUGUCUAAUGCCCUCUUGCCCAGCCCCACCCUGGCCCUCUCUUCAGGAAGAAUGUCUGCAAGGAGACAUCUACCCAGGAGGCAGAGUGUCCGAGCACCCAGGAGCCAAAGCCACUGCCUGCUUUCAAAUUCCCCUUCUGCUCCUGUGCAUCCUGGGGUGAUCAGCUUCACCUCUGCAGGCCUCAGUUUCAUCAUCUGUAAAAUGGGCACCACGGCGACCUUACUGGGUCGCUAUACUACGUGAACUCAAAAACAAAAACCUGUUGUUGGCAAGUAGAUUCCAACAAAGUAGAACCAUACUCUUGGGUUUCCAAGGAGCACCCGAUGGAUUUGAACUGCCAACCUUUUGGUUAGCAGCCAAGCUCUUAAUCACCAUGCCAUCGGGGUUUCCUUCGUAGUAUAUGAAGAAGGGGUAUCAGGUGCCAGCUCCUCCAUGCAGGAGGGGUGUGUGUGUAGAGGAGUGUUCUAUGAGAGGCAUUCAGAGCAGAGGCUGUAAGUGGGUCAGUGGGGCCCCACCAAUGCUAGCAGCUGUAGUUGCUUCGACACUUUAGCUUCCCUUCCCUGACUCCUCCUGACAACCAUUAGAGGAAGGCACCAGCACUGGCCCACUCAGCAAUGAGGAAGCCAAGGCUCAGAGAGGUGAAGUCACCUGCCCAGGGUCAUACAGCUGGGCUGUGGCAGAACUAGCAUCUGUGUCUGCUUUCACCCUGUCCUGGCUUCCUUCUCUCCUGAGGCAGAAGGGCCCUAGGAGCCCCUUGACUAUGGCUAAGGAUACAUGGCUGGUCCCAGCUCCUGGCCUCACCUGCCCUCUCUUUGAGAUGGGUGUCACAUCCAUCUCUCACUGGGUGCUGAGU